AUGAUAGUUCUUUCUUUGAAUUUAAGAGGAGGAGGAAGUCGGGCCAAGAGGAAAAGAGUAGGUUAUCACAUACAACAAGGAGAUGCCGACAUUUGUUUUAUUCAAGAGACAAAGUUAAGUGGUAUAAAGUGUAAUGUUGUGAAAGAAUUGUGGGGAGACAAUCAUGUGGAGUGGUCUUGUUUGGAUGCAAAUGGGGCGUCGGGGGGCAUUCUAACAAUGUGGAAAAAGGAUUUCUUCAACCCUAUUUUUAGUUUUCGUGGAGAGGGCUUCUUAGGCAUUUGCGCGGAGAAGGAAGGUAAACUUAUUUACUUCGUGAAUGUUUAUGCUUCUUGUGAAUUCAACACGAGGAAGAGAUCUUGGGAGAGGUUAUGUGAAUUCAAAAACAAUAAUGUCAAAGGCUCGUGGUGCAUUGGUGGAGACUUUAAUUCUAUCACUUCUUUAGAAGAGAGAAUAGGGUCUUCAAGGCAUAGCUAUAGGAGGGAGAUAAUGCUCUUCAAAGAUUUCAUAGAGGAAAUGGAGUUAGAGGAUCUUCCUACAAUAGGAGGCAAGUUUACUUGGUUUAAAAGUAAUGGCAAGUCUAUGAGUAGGAUUGACAGAUUUCUUCUAUCGGAUUGCUUUGUGGAUGAUUGGAAGGUGGAGGGUCAAUACAUAGGUGAGAGGGAUGUGUCCGAUCAUGCUCCUAUUUGGUUGAAAGAUAAUAGGAAGAAUUGGGGUCCUAAACCUUUCAAGUUCAAUAAUAUAUGGUUCAAACAUGAAGAGUUUGAUAUCUUUGUGAAGGAGGAAUGGAAGAAGUUAGUGGUUGGAGGAAGAGGUGACUAUUGCUUGGUCGAAAAGUUGAAAACUCUUAAAAACCGGUUAGCUUGGUGGAACAAGAGCGUCUAUGGGUGGAUUGAUCUCAAAAUCAAUAGGGAUGGGAGAGAGAUGCACGCUUUAGAUAACUUGUUUGUUCAUUUUGCAGGUAACGUUCCGGAUGAUGUGGUAGCAAAAAGACUUAAAGUGGCGGAGGAUUUUUGGGAUAACAUUAACAAGAGAGAAGGCAUACUCCGAUUAAAGUCGAGACAACUUUGGUUAGCCGAAGGUGACGACAACACUCGUUACUUUCAUAAUUCGCUUAAAGAUAGAAGAAGAAGGAAUGCUAUUUGCUCUAUUGAUUCACCGGAGGGAAGAUUAGAAGGGGUUGAAGAAGUUAAAGAGUUCACCUAA